AAAUAAUGGUCAGCAAUGUAUACGAAACUAAUACUGAAUUGAAAGCGGCUUUUUAAAAGAAACAAGUUUCUACUCGACGAAUCGACGAAAGUUCCACUACACAUCUAUUGUCGCAGAAAUGAGCCUAGCUCUUAGAGCAGAGUUUGCUUUGGACAAGAGCAAGAAAAAGAAGAAGAGAGAAUUAGCUGAUGAACAAAAGCAGGAAAUUAAGGAGGCAUUUGAUUUGUUUGAUACAGACAAAGACCGAGCUAUUGAUUACCAUGAACUCAAGGUUGCAAUGAGGGCUCUAGGUUUUGACGUGAAGAAAGCUGAUGUAUUGAAAAUACUCCGAGACUAUGACAGAGAAGGAACUGGGAAAAUUUCAUUUGAAGAUUUCAAUGAAGUCAUGACAGACAUGAUGUUAGAGAGAGACCCCCAGGAGGAAAUCCUGAAAGCCUUCAAACUGUUUGAUGAUGACACAUCAGGAAAAAUCAGUCUCCGAAAUUUACGCCGGGUAGCCAGAGAGCUUGGAGAAAACAUGACAGACGAGGAACUGAGGGCAAUGAUUGAUGAAUUUGACAGGGAUGGAGAUGGUGAAAUUAAUGAAGACGAAUUCAUAGCAAUAAUGACAGGGGACACGUGAUUAUUAAUCUAUAAUACCAUGCCACAAUAUUCAUCGAUGUAUGACACUUCCCGUCCAGCAUUUUUUCCUCCCUAUAUUAGAGAGUGCUAGCGAAGUAAAGAGAGCAUAGAUAGAUAUAUAUAUUUUGAUGAUUAAAAAGUAUGAAUGAAGAAAAAAUGCAAGAUAUUUAGGUUACAGUAUUAUGCACCUUCAGUGGACCAAUGGAUUUGUGUCAUUCACAAUCUGAUGUAUUCUCCUUGUGAAAGAGCACAGUGUUUCAUUGUUGAUGAGAGUGAAUGAGUUGGUAGUUUAUAUGCUGUUGUCAAUGUAUAAGUUGUUGUAUUCUUGUGUGGUGUGUACGCUGUCGAACUUUCACUUUCCACUGAAUGAGAUUUGCAUGCGAGACGGUAUUAAUUUUUCAAGGAGCAAUUGACACAUUCAAAUUUAGAUGUCUAAGACAUUCAUUGAAUGCCACAUGCUGUGAAGAAAACUAGUGUAUUUUGUUGCUUAUUUGUUGUAGAGAUUUGUAAUGUGAUAUUCAAUCUAUGUAAAUUAACAAUAAUGAGUUCUGAAUAUUCUUUUAUACUGCCAAACUUAUUGUAUACAAUAAAGUAAGUGAAACACACAA